AUGUACAACAACAUUGGGUUGCCGACGCCUCGUGGCAGCGGCACAAAUGGUUACGUGCAGCGGAGUUUGGCGUACUUGAGGCCUCGGCGCACGGACAUGCCUGGCUUUGGCCAGUUGGGGCAUAAGCCGAUUCAGCAGCCCAAGGUGCGUCAGGCGGAUCCUGCUUUGCUGCUACACGAGCAGCUGAGGCGUGUGGAGCUUCGUCUUAUUGAGGAACGGGCUAAAAUGGAGGAGCAGGGCCUUUCGCAGACCCGCAUUGAGCGCAGCCUCCAGGUUCUUCGCAGCCAGCUAACUAGAGAAGCUCACGUGGAGCAACAACGGCUAGGGGGGCGCGCUGGCACUCAAGAUGGCAUCUUCGGCCGCAGUGUGCUGCAGCAAGGAGGCAGUAUGGAUACCCACGAAGGGGCAGCUUGGAAGCAGCGCCAGCUUGACCAGGUUGCUUCCGCCUUCGGACUCAGCAGCAACCACAAGGUGGGAGAAGCCUUUAACUGGGAGUUGCAGAAACAGCAAAAGCUGCAACGGCAACGCGAAUGGGAAGAAAGGAAACGCAGCAUGAUCGAAGAAAGAAAAGCCGCACUGCGAGAAAUACGAGAAAGAAGAAAACGACAAAAACUCGCCGCUAAAAAGAACAAAAAGAACAAAAAAAGAAGCAAAAGUUCAAGCAGUAGCAGUAGUAGCAGUAGUAGCAGUAGCAGCAGUAGCAGCAGUAGCGACAGCAGCGACAGCAGCAGCAGCAGCAGCGAUGAGAGCGAUGAUGAUCGGAACAAGCGCUCAGGCCGAGUGAAACCGCAGGUGAAAGGAGAGGAGGGGGAGACAAAGGCAGCAGCAGCGGUAGGAGCAGCUGCAGCAACGGCACAUCGGGAAACACCGUCGCUUCGUGCAGUUGCAACAGAGGCUGCGAAGUUGUUGAAGGAUUAUGACACAAAGAGGGAGAGGAGUGAUGGAAUGCCGGAGUUAAAAAGAAGAAAGGAGAUAGAGGGGACAGAAACCAAUAGUCCCCUUUUCUCGGAAGAGGAGACACAAGAGAAGGAUGCAGGGAAAAGGAGCAGCGGCAACUACAGACGCAGCAUCAGCCGCAGCCGUAGCCGCAGCAGCAGCAGCAGGAGAGGGAAGUGGAGGGAGUCUGAGAAGGGAAUAACGAAGGAGAGAACAGAUGCUGUCGCCGAGGCACGAGGAUACAGAGAAGCAGCAGCCGAGAAGAGAUUGCGAGCAACAACUGAUGCUGAAGGGGGAAAUGCCAGAAGAAGGCUUGAGCCCCAGCGAGACACCGAAGGGACAGGAGACAGACAGAGGCGAAGAGAGGAAGCACAGGCCCUCUCAUAUACUGCAAACAAGGAAGGAGAAAGAGACCCUAGAGGAUGUCGAGACAGAGGGAUGGAAGGAGACGGAGCGAGAAGUGCAGACAGAGACAGAGAGGAAGAUAGAGACAGGAGGGGAGACAGAAACAGAGAAAGAUAUGCAGGUGGCCGAGAUGAUCGAUGGAGAGGAGAACAUGGUGGGGACAAAGACAGGAGGGCAGACCGGAGAGAAGACAGGGACAGGAGAGAAGAGAGAGGUGUGAGAGAAGACGGAGACAGGAGGAACGACAGAGAUAGGAGAGAAGACAGAGAUAGGAGAGAGGACAGAACCAGGAGAGAAGAAAGAGACAGAUGGGAAGAAGAAGACCGAGGUAGGAGAGAAGAACGGGAGAAGGACAGAAGUAGAAGAGAAGAUGGAGGGAGGGAGGGAAAAGUAGAUAGGCACAGAGGAUUGGACAGAGGGGAGGACAGACACAGAGGAGACAGAGACGGGGGAGGAGACACACACAGAGGCAUAAGAGCAGAUAGGGACAGGAGGGAAGACAGGGACAGGGGAGAAGACAGAGACAAGAGAGGCGACAGGGACAAUGGAGGGGAGAGGGACAGAGAGCGGGACAGAGAUAGGGAGAGGGGAGACAGAGAGAGAGGGAACAGAGGCAGAGACUUGGGAGGCAGUGAAUGCGACAAAGGGGGAGAAGGAGACAGAGGAGGAAGAGAAAGGGACUGA